GUGACUGGAAAUCAGAACGUUUAUGAAUUGGCCGUGGGAAAUUGGCGAGUCCGGCCCUGCCUAGGGGCUAAACAAUUUGCGGACGAAGAUGCUGUGUCUGAUUGUUGUGCCGGCAUCUCAGUAGCGUAGCGAUGUUCGUGGUACGCGCGUGGACGGGCCUUUUGGCCGUCCUUGUGCUUCGGCUUGAAACAGUGCAGGGUGAAAUUUUAACCCCGCCGUAUUUCAAUCUGGCAGAGGGUAGAAAAAUUACAGCGACUGCGACUUGCGGAGUCGACACCGAAGGGCCCGAGCUUUACUGCAAACUUGUGGGGGCUAAUGCCGAAAAUGAUCUAAAUGUUAAUGUGAUACAGGGGCAGUUUUGUGAUGUCUGCGACCCCACAAGACCGGACAAAAUGCACCCACCGGAGUUUGCUGUGGACGGCAUGGAAACUUGGUGGCAAAGUCCUCCACUAUCUCGAGGAAUGAAAUAUAACGAGGUCAACUUAACCAUUGAUCUCGGCCAAGAAUUUCACGUCGCUUACGUUUUUAUUCGAAUGGGGAAUUCCCCCAGGCCCGGCUUAUGGGUGUUGGAAAAAUCGGCCGAUUACGGCAAAACCUACACGCCUUGGCAAUAUUUCUCGGAUUCUCCUGGCGAUUGUGAAACUUACUUUGGCAAAGAAAGUCUGCAGCCAAUCACUAAAGACGAUUCCGUCAUUUGUACGACUGAAUAUUCAAAAAUAGUACCACUAGAAGGCGGAGAAAUCGCAAUUUCGUUGUUGAACAACCGGCCAUCAGCUAAGAAUUAUUUCAAUUCUACGAUUUUGCAAGAAUGGACCCGAGCCACCAACGUCCGAUUGAAGCUUUUAAGAACGAAAAACUUCCUAGGGCAUCUCAUGUCGGUGGCUAGACAAGAUCCGACUGUUACACGAAGAUACUUUUAUUCGAUUAAAGAUAUCAGUAUUGGAGGCCGUUGCAUGUGCAAUGGACACGCUGAUACCUGCGAUAUUCAAGACUCUCAAGACCCGAGCGUUUUGUUAUGUCGCUGUCAACAUAAUACUUGUGGGGCGAAAUGUGACACUUGCUGUCCCGGCUUUGAGCAGAAGAAAUGGCAACAGUCCAAAAUAAAUCAUCCGUUCGUUUGUGAACCUUGUAAUUGUUUCCAACACAGUAAUGAGUGCGUCUAUGACGAAGAAGUGGAUCGCAAAGGAUUGUCUCUGGAUAUUCAUGGCAGAUAUGCGGGCGGAGGUGUUUGCCUCAAUUGCCAACAUAACACUGACGGAAUCAAUUGCAACAAAUGCAAACCGACUUUUUACCGACCGUUUGGCAAAUUUGAGAACGACACCGAUGCUUGUCAACCCUGUAAUUGUAACCACUUUUACUCCACGGGUAAUUGUGCGGAAGGUUCAGGCCAAUGUGAGUGUAAAAAACAAUUUCAACCGCCCAACUGCGACAGUUGCAGUUUUGGGUACUUUGGGUACCCAAAUUGUAGACCGUGUGAGUGUUUUUUGAACGGAACCAAAGAUCUACAGUGUGAGGCGCGAAAUGGACAAUGCCCGUGUUUGUACAACUAUGGGGGGCAGUUCUGUGGAGAGUGUGCACCUGGGUAUUACAGUUUUCCAGAUUGUAAACAUUGCGAGUGCAACCCGGAAGGUUCCGUCACGAAUGCUUGCGAACAAGAAAGUGGCAAUUGCACCUGUAAGAAUAAUUUCGGCGGAAAGCGAUGUGAUGAGUGCCAACACGGUUACUACAACUACCCAACUUGUGACUAUUGCAACUGCGACAUAAAAGGAACGAAAGAAGGCAUUUGCGACAAAACCACCGGCCAGUGCAUGUGCAAAGAGGGCUAUACAGGCGACCGUUGCGAUUCCUGCCUGGCCGGCUACUACGGCUACCCCGAUUGCAAGCCUUGCAACUGUAGCAAGGUGGGUUCGGUUGGUUUCAGUUGCAGCGCCACCGGAAAAUGCUCCUGUUCGACCAACUACGGCGGCAAGACUUGCGACCAGUGCAACCCCGGAUAUUUCAAAUACCCUGAAUGUUUACCUUGCGAAUGCGACAGCCACGGCUCCAUCGGGGUUUCGUGCGACGGUGAAGGCAAAUGCGAGUGUCACCACAAUUUUGCCGGCCUUCGUUGCGACUCGUGCAGAGAAGGUUUCUACAAUUUCCCGGCUUGUGAGGACUGCAACUGCCAUCCGGCUGGAGUUGUGGCUGGUUUUGCCGGGUGUGGGUCGGUCCCAGCCGGGGAGCUCUGCCAGUGUAAAGAACGGGUCGAGGGACGGAUCUGUAAUAAAUGUAGGCCCUUGUACUGGAACUUGAGUCCAAAUAAUCCCCAAGGAUGCGAAGAAUGUAAAUGCAAUAUUUCGGGGGUUCUUGGAGGGAUUGCUGUUUGCGACUCGGAGAGUGGAGAAUGCGUCUGUAAAUCACUGGUGAUGGGUCGGGGGUGCACGGAGUGUGUCGAUGGCACGUACAACUUGCAAGAAGAGAACCUCUUUGGGUGCACCGAUUGUGACUGUGAUGUUGGGGGUUCGGUUAACAAUAUUUGUGACAAGGCCACCGGACAGUGCUUAUGUCACUCGAGGGUUAAAGGGCGCACUUGCAAGGAACCACUUGAAACGCACUAUUUUCCAACCCUUUAUCAGUACCAGUAUGAGGUUGAGGAUGGACGAACUCCGGCGAAUACGCUAGUGAGAUAUGCUAAUGAUGAGCGCACCUUCCCGGGCUAUUCCUGGAAGGGAUAUGCCGUGUUUGGACCCUUACAAAAACAAAUUUUGCAAGACGUGAUUAUUCUAAAACCGUCACUGUACAGAAUGGUGUUGCGUUUCGUAAACAAAAACCCGGAAACAGUUAUUGGAAAAAUUAGAAUAACUCCGGAUAAUCCUAGUGAUAAUGAGCAGGAAAUCCAAGUCCAGUUUAGGAACAGCACAGUUCCGGCGUUCGUAACUGUUUCAGGCCCCGUUGGAAAUACUCCUCAACCGUUUGUGAUAAAUCCGGGACGUUGGCAGAUAAGCAUCGAAGUGACAAAAGACCUGCUUUUGGACUAUUUCGUACUUCUCCCUGAAGAUUUCUACUUGGCUACGAUUUUAAACAAAAAAGUUGAGACUCCUUGCACCAUCGAUGGACCUGGCCUCUGUCACGACUACACUUAUUUGAAUUUGACGCAAUUUUCGACGACUUACGGCGUUGGCGGGUAUGUGCCUGAAGGUCGCAGGUCCACCAAACUUAGGGAGUACUUCCAAGACAAUGAGCAUUUGGCCAAAAUUGGGGUCGGAAACCGGGUCCCGGUUUUAAAUCUUGCCCAACCUAACGUUUCGUUUAAUAUCACUGUGCCUAAACCCGGCCAGUACGUCAUUAUAAUUAAUUAUGUGACCCCGAAAGAGGACCAAAGGACCCACAAAAUCGAUGUUACACUCCAGUCGGGCCGGCAUACAAAUGACGGGAGGAUUGUGUUGUAUUCGUGUCAAUACACCACACUGUGUCGGCAAGUUAUCACCACUCCUGAGGGUAUAGUUGCUGUGCAGCAAGUUGACGGAAAUGAGAUUAAAGUCGAUUUACACAGUUCUAACGCCGAUGUUGGAAUACAUUCGAUUGUUGCAAUUCCAUACGAAGAGUGGUCGUUGGAUUACAUUAAACCGAAAUCGGUGUGUAUUAGAAAGGACGGGAAGUGUUUAGCUGCCUCUUUCCGAUAUCCACCCGAAACGAAAAAAAUCCAGUUCGAGGAAAAUAAUGCCGAUCUCGCGACCACACUGUGGAAUAACACGUACAUGUGGUUGGAUCCGAGCUAUGACACCCUUGAUUUGAAGGGAAAAGUGCCCACACCUGGGUAUUACACGUUUAUAGUGCACUAUUACCAACCUAAUUUCCAAGAUUUUGACGUGACUGUCCUCAUGCAAAACGGUCAAUUUUACGAAGCGACUUUACCCGUCCAUUACUGCCCAUCUCGGUCAGGCUGUCGUUCGGUUAUAACCCAAGUCGAUGGCAACACUAAAUUUUCAUUAACCGAAAACUUCAUGCUAACAUUGAAGGAACCAGGCAAUAAAAACGUCUACCUCGACUAUUUACUAGUCAUCCCGACCGACUUUUACAGCGAUCGCUACUUGGAGGAAGAAGACGUGGAUCGCACCGGCGAAUUCAUCUCCACUUGCGGAAGCAACCACUUCAAUAUCAACACAACAACGGAAGGUUUUUGCAAAGAUUCGGUAUUUUCCAUAACCGCCGGCCACAACAGCGGGGCUUUGCCCUGCGGGUGCGACUUUGCCGGCUCUCUUAGCUUCGAGUGCGACAAAUUUGGGGGCCAGUGCCGCUGCAAACCCAACAUAAUCGGCCGAAAGUGUGAGGCUUGCAAGACGGGCUAUUUCGGCUUUCCCGACUGUAAACCGUGCAAUUGCCCAUCGAUUGCGUUUUGCGAGCCCACCACAGGCCAGUGCAUUUGCCCACCGCAUGUGGUGGGCGAACGCUGCGACCAGUGCGAGCCUCUGACCUAUGGGUACGACCCCAUCAUUGGCUGCGAGGAGUGCAAAUGCAACAUUCUGGGUAUUGAGGGAACGGAACAGUGCGACCUCAACAACGGCAGUUGCCAUUGCAAGCCGAAUGUUGUGGGGAGACAGUGCGAUAAGUGUCUGGCCGGUCAUUACGCCUUCCCUUACUGCGAGUUUUGCUCUUGCGACUACAGAGGCACGACUAGUGAGAUUUGCGAUCAAGCCACGGCUGAGUGUUUCUGUAAAAAGAACGUUGUGGGGCCCACUUGUGAGAUAUGUCGCGAGGGGACUUUCAAUCUGCAAGAGGAGAAUGAGCACGGUUGUACUGAGUGUUUCUGUUUUGGGAAAACUACAAGGUGUACAAGCUCCAAGUUGAUUAGGACGUCUGUUCUUCAAAUGGAUGAUUGGGAAUUGGUUGGGCUUAAUUUCAGUACCAGACUGGAAAUCUAUCCUUUGAACUUGACUGUUCACAAUGCAGAAGAGAAUUCGAUCGGAGUUGCUUUCAAUUCGGUUGAUUUUAAAAACACCACCGUAUAUUUUACCGCACCUAGUGAUUAUACAGGGAAGAAGUUGACGGCUUAUGGGGGUUUUCUCAAUUAUACGCUCUACUAUACCAUAACACCGGGUGAAGGUUCGGCCGUAAGCGAGCCUGAUGUCAUCCUUGAGGGCAGAAAGACCUACUUGACUUAUUCGAGUUACGAACAACCGACAGCCGCAGUUGAAUAUCACGCUAGUGUUCAGUUAGUUGAGGAAAACUUUGAGUUGCCUACUGGUUUACCGGCGAGAAGGGACCACAUAAUGGAGGUAUUGGAGGAUGUGAGGGGUGUUUACAUUAGGGCCACCUACUGGACUGCGAGUGUUACGACUAGAUUGUCUCACGUGAUUCAAGACGACGCAAUCUCUUAUCAAUAUUAUUCUGGAGACAACAGAAAUUUGGCGUUUGCUCUCACAGUGGAAGAGUGCCGCUGUCCGGAGAAUUACCAAGGUUUGUCGUGUGAAGAAUGCGCCCCUGGCUAUUACCGGGUCGAAGGUGGCCCGCAUGGGGGCUAUUGUGUCCCGUGCCAAUGCCACGGACACGCCACUGAAUGCGACGUUAACACAGGAAUUUGUCUUAAUUGUACGCACAAUACUCGAGGAGACCAUUGCGAACUUUGUGAAGUUGGAUAUCAUGGCAAUGCUUUAGCCGGCACUCCGAUGGAUUGUUUGAUUUGUGCAUGUCCUUUACCAGUCGGAAGCAAUAACUUUGCCACAGCGUGUGAUGUUAGUGCCGAUGGUGAGAAAAUCAGUUGUGAGUGCAAGGAGGGAUAUUUUGGGGCCAGGUGUCAGUCGUGUGCCGCAGGAUUUUACGGAAGACCGGAAUCUUUAGGUGAUUUUUGCAAGCCAUGUCAAUGCUCUGGCAAUAUCAACCCCGACGAUCCCAGCUCUUGCGACACAGUCUCUGGUGAAUGUCUACGAUGUCUAAAUAACACCUACGGAAAAGCUUGUGCUCUUUGUGCUCCUGGAUAUUUCGGAGAUGCCGUCAAUUUAAAAGAUUGUCAAAGUUGCAUUUGCGACGAGCUGGGCACCGACCACUGCAACAGUUUCACCGGAGAAUGCGUCUGCAAACCCAACGUAAUCGGCGAAAAAUGUGACCGUUGCGAGGUGAAACAUUACGGUUUCCAAACGGGGGCCGGAUGUGUCCCUUGCGAUUGUGCCGAAGCUUCCGAUAGUUCGCAGUGUGACGACGUCACGGGUCAGUGUAGAUGCAAACCUGGAGUCUCCGGAAGGUCGUGCAAUCGUUGCAGUGCCGGCUUUUGGAACUACACAACAGACGGAUGUGUUUCUUGCGGUUGCAAAAGCGAGUAUUCGCUUGGUUUUGGAUGCAACGCUUUGACGGGACAAUGUGAGUGCCUUCAGGGGGUCGUGGGGGAGAAAUGCGACCAGUGCCCCCAUCGGUGGGUGUUUGUCCCGGAUUAUGGCUGUCACCAGUGUGAUAGCUGUACCCACGCUUUGCUUGACGAUACGGAUGCUUUGAGGCACCUGAUUGACCCAAUUAUUGUUGAAUUUGACUCGGCCAACUCCGGGUACUUCACCCGCCGAAAGCUCGACAACAUGAGAGAUCUUUUAAACGAAUUGAAGCCGAAGUUUGACGAAGUCGACCCGAAACAGAUCAACUUGGACUUGUACAUUGACGAGUUGCAAACUCUGGAACAGGACUCGAAGAAUUUAAAUCGAAAAACGAACUAUUCGCUAGAAAAUAGUGACUCCCUCCGAGUUAGUUCUAUCGAUCUUAAAGAAAGGGCCGAACUUCUUCUGGAUGAUGUUCAAAACGCUGAAGACGAUUCUUUCCGCGUAAUUGACGAAAUUAAUAAAAUCACGUUCCAGUUGAACAAAGAUGAAAAUCCGGAGAUUGAUUCGGCGUUAGAGGAAGGCCAGGAACUCCUGGAUGCGAUUAAAAGAUAUAAUUUAACAGGUCGUGAAGAAAUGGCCGAUGACGAGUUGGACAAAGUGUCCAACUUGCUGCUUAAUGUGUCCAACUUCAAGAUUCCAGUCGAUUAUUUGGAAGAGAAAACCGACAAAGUCAAGGAGAGUUUGAAGAAUUUUAACGACAAGUUGGAUGAUUUGUACAAUCAGACGCAGUACUCGUUAAGCAAAGCUAACGAGGCCCAGAGGAUCAUUGAAAAGAGCGGUAAAGAACGGCUUAAGAAAAAACUGGACGAUAUUAAGCAACAAACAAUGGACUCGAAAAACAAUUUGGAGGUCUCGCAAACUUUGAAUGAUAAUUCGACCGAAUUCAAAAACAAGGCCCAAGAAUUGUUAGCGGAAUUACAGACGAAGGCUUCGAGUCUGGAAGAUUACGUCAAUGAUUUUAAAAAGUCGGUCGAUGAGGACGAGGCCGAAAUCGAGGAAGUGCAGCGUUUGCAGCCCGAAGUUGAAAGACACACUAAAAACUUGACCGAAAAAGCAAUGCUUCUUGAUAAUCUCUUAAACGAGUCGCGAGACUUGUCAGGCGAGGCCGUCCGUGCGGCGAACGCCUACAAAGACAUAGUCCAAGCGGUGAAAAAUGCGAGCGAAGCCGCGAAAAAAGCAAAAAUUGACGUAAAUAAGGCCUACGACAUGAUACCCGACGUUGCGAAUAAAACCGACAACGCGGACCAAACGUCUUCGGUGUCGCUAAAGGACGCCUUCGAACUAUACCAUUCAACGAACGAUGACUUGAAACCGAAGCUAGAGGAGGCCGUUGCCAAAUACAAGCCGGUCAGUUCCAGUCACAAGUCAAAUAAAGACAUGUUGGACAACAUCGAGAAAAUUCGCGACAAAAUCCAACAACAGUCCUUGGAUAAGGCGUACGCCCUCGCUGUUGACAAGGCCGACGAUGCGAUCCGGCACGUGACGAACAUUGAGGGCAUCGCGGAGGGAAUUAAGUUCGACAAGUUGAAAAACCAGACGGAAAAUGCAACUUUAUUGCCCAAAAUCGUCGAUGAUAUGAACCGCGAUUUGCUACAAACGCAGAAACAGCUGAAUACUGUUAACGACAAGCUGCCCUAUAUCACCAACAUGAUGGAGGAGAUACCAGAACAGCAAGCCCGGCUUCAACGAACGGUUGACAACAUUGCCAAUUCGAUGAAGAAGUUGAACCAACAGAUAAUCCUGGCGCGAGAUUUGGCCAAUCAGAUCAAAAUAGGAAUGAAGUUUUACCCGAACACGACUCUGGAACUUGAGGUUCCGUCGAAUCUGGAGGAACUCAGCACUUCCGAACGCGUUUCUGGGUAUUUCAGGACGGAGAAACCGUAUGGACUGCUGUGGUACUUGGGCAAUCCCCUGGGGACUAAAUUAAGGCGAACUAAAACGGAUGACUACAUGGCCUUGAUCAUACAAAACGGUUAUCCCGUCUUGAAACUGGACGUUGGCAACGGAGUCGAGCAAAUAAUCAACGAGAAAUACGUUUCUGACGGUGUGUGGUAUCAAUUCAUAGUGGAGAGAACUGGUCACAAUGCGAAGUUGACGAUCCGCGAGGAGUUGCCCGGAGGUGUUGAGAACAUCACCCAGAAGGAAACCACACUGGAAGGCCCCUUAUCCAUUUUCAAUCUGGACAAGAACAAGUCGAAACUGUUCGUCGGAAGCUUCCCCGUGAACUACGCGAUGCAGAAAGAAAUCGAUGUGAAUUCCUUUGAGGGCGAAAUUGAGGAUAUGGUUAUUGGCGACAAACCGGUUUCGUUGUGGAAUUUCAACAACGGUUUUGAGAACAAUCACGGAGCCGUGGAACGGGAUAAGUUGGUUAACUUGCAACCAAGUACCGGGUUUAGGUUUAACGGGAAUGGUUAUGCCAUUUUGAACGCGCGUUCGUACGGGUUUAGGACUCGAUCUGACAUCCAACUCAGCUUCAAGACGUUUGCAACCGAAGGUUUGCUCUUCUUGGCGGGGCAAGACAAGACGUUUAUUGCGCUGGAACUCAGGAAUGGGAAGGUUCUGUACCAAUAUAAUUUGGGGCACCAAACCAAAGUGUGGCACACGACAAAGACCUACAACGAUGGCAGAUGGCACGUGGUGGAGGCUAGUCGAGAGGGGCCCAAAGGCCGCUUUGUGGUUGAUAAUGAGGAUAUACCAGAUACCACCCCUGCAAUAGACGGCACGUUUAUUGAGCCAAUCGAAACCGUUUCAUUUGGUGGUUAUCCCACCAAACACCGGUACAUCGAUGUCAGUCAGACGCGAUUCGAUGGCUGCAUUGAUAACGUUGUGAUAAUGGGCAGUCCGGUUGAUUUACGCAACAAUAUUAAAGUGUACGAUGUCACACCCGGAUGUCCGGUCAAAUUCUCACAAAUGGUGUCGUUUGAUAAACACAGACCGGGAUAUGUCGCCCACGGCGGCGUGGCCAUCAAUAACGAUUUCAAGAUAAGUCUCAAAUUUAAAACCAAAGAAAAAGACGGUUUGAUUUUCUACGCCACGGAUAAGCUGCACGAAAAUAACAUUUCACUGGCCCUCCGGGACGGUUAUCUCGUCCUAAUCAGCCAGAAAAUCGAACUGGUUUCGAAAGACACGUUCAAUGAUAGCCUCUGGCACGUUGUCUCGGUGAUGCACAACGAUCACGAGUUAAGAAUUGAUUUUGACGAUAUCGACAGCAGACCUCUGGACACCAAGCCUCCACCGUUAUUUAUCCUCCACGGUACUCUAUACGUAGGCGGCUUACCCAGACGGGUCAUUUUAUCUCCUGGUACCGUGGGCUCGGAGUUACCAUUCAGAGGUUGCAUCGGUGAUCUCACUUUGAAAGGCAACGUCAUCAAUUUUGCUAACAGUACGGACAAGUUUAACGAAAUUUUAGGAAAAUGUAUCUAUGACAAAAAUUACAAAGCUAUCGAUAAAAUUGAUAAAGAGCCGACAUUGCCACCUCUUGAGCCACUGGGACCUGCCACAACUGGGGGCUAUGGAGACGUGACGAAGUACCGGCCAUAUGAACAUACUACCAUUCGGGGUGACGGCGGCAGAGACGACUACGUGACUCGAACAGACGAGGAACCAGUGACUGAAGUGGUUCCAUUGCCGCCUCUUCCACCGGUCACUCAUGGGGCUGUUGGUUACCCACCGCUCACUACACCUCCACCACCUCCCAAAGACUCAUGUGCUUUGCCUAUUUCUCCUCCGCAAACUAGUGUAGGGGUGUACCGAUUCGGUGCUCAGAAAGACAGUAGACUAGAAAUAGAUAAAUUGCGCGGUCGGUACAAGAAACAAUUCGAUUUUGCUCUUGACUUUAGGAGUGAUGACCCAGACGGCAUCAUUUUCUUUACGAGCGAUAACAACGAGACGCAUUCGCAGUACGUGGCAGUGUUCUUGCAAGAUGGACAAGUGGUUUACACGUAUAGUGACGGCAGGAGUUCGUCGGUGUUGAAGACAGACGGUUUGAAAGACUACAGCGAUAACGCGUGGCACUUGGUCGAGUUUAGCAAAGACGAGCGUCGAGCAAAGCUAGUCUUGGAUGACGCAGUCGUGUCUGAUAAGCCUGUAGCCAACAUGCAAAAAAUUGAUAUCAGGCCCCCGAUCUACGUCGGGGGAUUGGACCCCAACCAUUAUAACAAAAUUCAAAGCAAACUGAACCUGACUAAGUCGUUUAGCGGCUGCAUUCGCAACAUGAACAUGAACAGCAAGCCUCUAGAAUUCCAGGCACAGAACCAGAUCGGAGUAGUCCCCUGCUUUGAUAAAAUCGAAACCGGGGUGUUCUUCCCCGUAACGGGAGGUUUUGUCAGGAUUAAAGAACCGAAGUUUAAAGUCGGAGAAGUGUUCAAUGUGAAACUUGACAUCAAGCCGAGGCGAGAUUCGGGAGUUUUGAUUGCUGUUAAUGGGCGGAAAGACUAUUUCGUCUUGGAAAUGAUCAAUGGUGAGAUGAGUCUGACGGUGGAAAAUGGAAAAGGCCCGAUUAGAGCCGUUUACAACCCCAAUAAGAAGUUCUACUUCUGCGACGGUCAAUGGCACAGCAUUCAAGCUGUUAAAUCGAAAAAUGUUAUAACCCUGUCGGUUGAUAAUGUGUUUACUGAUCCCAAACUCGGGGAUCACUCGUCGACUUCCACAGACACCGCCAGUGCUCUCUUCUUAGGCGGACACCGAUAUUUGAACGCAACUAGGGCACGGGGAAUUGUCACAAGGUUGCCAUAUGUUGGAUGUGUUAAAAACAUUUUUAUUAACAAUGACCCGGUCGAGGUUGAUGCAAGUAUGGCAGAAGGGGGUGUUAUUGUGGGCACUUGCCCGACUAAUUAAGAAAUAAAUCAUUCAUCUUCA